GUGGUAUGAGUUCUAUAGUAUGUUCAGCUCUAAUCAGACCGAGCAUGCCAAAGCGCCCUAUGCUGAGGCUGUACAGACUAUGGACAAUAUGGUACCUCAGGCACAUAACAUAUCAUCUGCGGCCCCAGCCUUUAGUCCUGAGAGAUCACAAGAGCAAUGCCCUUUCGAUCAAACUGUGCAGAUGGAACCAAGUCCCCAUGCCCAUAAAAAGAUUAAGCUUUCGGUGCCAGAACCUUCGGAAGCAGGUUUUUCCAUUGACUCCAGCUCAGAGAUGUUGCAAACUGAUCAAUAUCUCACGAUUUCCGAUCUUCCUCAUGACAUUAAGAAGGUGAUAAUUUUGAGAAAGAUCAUAAUUCGUUAGCUGUUAUAAAGUUUAUGUAGGCUA